AUGUAUCCUGUCCAAUAUGCUCCUCAGCCGUACGUAGCCGCUGUGACGCUCGCAUUCAACCAACUGCCUGCUCAGGCUUAUCAAGCGCCUCCAGCUUACCGACCAGCUCCAGUUCAACAACGUGCUGCGGCUCCUCCAGCUUAUCAACAAGUACCAGCAGCUCCUGUUUACCAACAGCCAAGAGCUCAAGCGCCAAGGCAAAAUGCUCAACACCAAAAUAGGAGACAAGGGGAGAGGGCGACCUUCAAUCCAAUCCCAAUGUCGUACACUGAGCUUUACCCCUCCUUGUUGCAAAAGGGUUUGGUGGUUCCCAGACCUAUGGGACCUUCACCUGACCGUCUUCCUCCAUGGUACAACCCUAAUGCACAUUGUCCUUUUCAUGAAGGUGCCCCCGGGCAUGACCUAGAGGGUUGCUACGCUCUAAAGCAUAGGGUUCGUGAACUGAUUGCGAGCAAGAUCCUGUCUUUUAAGGACAUGGGACCGAAUGUGAAGAACAAUCCUCUUCCUCCCCAUGGAAAUCCUGCGGUAAAUGCCAUUGAAGACGCUUCUGUUGGUGUUACGGUUGAUAAGGUGGAUGAUGUAAAGACUCCUUUGGCAACAUUCCAUGCCCGAUUGGUGGAAGCUGGCAUGAUUAAUGUUAAUCAUGAAAAUUGUGAAGAGUGUGACACACACCCGAAGGGAUGUCAGGUGGUACGAGACAACAUUCAAGAUUUGAUGGAUAAAGGAGUGCUUCAGAUAUUCAGUGUUGCGAAGAACGAAGACGUGUUGGUAAUUGAACCUUGUUUAAAUUUACCUGAACCAGUUGAAAUCCCAUAUUAUAGUGGUGGAGUGGUUCCAGUGAAUAGUAAGCCGUCGCCUGUGGAAAUAUACGCUGAGGUGACAGAAGCUGUAAGUGAAGACGUCACCAAUAUUGCAGGAAUGAGCAGAAUGAGUCGUAGUUGUCGAAUCUAUACGCCUGAAUUCAAUGUGACUCCUCAAGGGCCAGCCAAGGAAUCAACAGUUGUAACUCCUGCUAAAGAACCCGAAGUGGUUCAAUCUGAAGAUGUUGUUGAAUUCUUGAAGUUGAUCAAGAAAAGUGACUACAAGGUUGUGGACCAGUUGCAUCAGACACCAUCUAAAAUCUCUAUUCUAUCUCUGUUAUUGAACUCCCAAGCCCAUAGGGAAGCUUUGUUGAAGGUUCUUGCUCAAGCUCAUGUAACACAAAGCAUAACAGUAGACCAAUUUGAUGGAGUGGUUGCAAAUAUCACGGCCUGA